AUAAAAUUAUUAGUAGUCUUUUUCCGUAUGCAAUAGGAUCAAGAAUGUUGCGAAUUCUCCUAGUGACCAUUUUCUUUGGUGUUUCAUCCGUUUGCCCAGUAAGGGUAGGAGAUUCCCGGAUUGUGGAAGGCAAAGAAAUUACUAUUGAAGAUUCUCCGUGGGUAGUAUCAGUACAACGCGAAGGUCUUCAUUGGUGUGGUGGAACUAUAGUCAGCCCGGAUGCCAUCCUAACCGCAGCUCACUGUGUGAUAGGUGCAACAACGGACAUGAUUACAGUAGUUAUUGGAAAAUCAGACUUGAAAGGAGAAGGUGGAGUCUCUGCUUCCGUUAGUAAAAUUACUCAACAUCCAAACUUCAGCAGCAUCAACUUGGAUAACAAUAUCGCCAUAUUGAGAUUGACCAAUAAACUCACCUACACUGACAAGAUUCAACCGAUCCCGCUUGCCAGCUCUGAAGAAGAUGGCCCAACUGGGACCCCGGGAACUCUUAGCGGAUGGGGUGCUCGAUCCGAAUACACCAAUAACAUGGAUACCCUUCAAUCAACCACGGUAACCAUUCAGGACUUUGAGAUAUGUCAAGAAAUCUAUCCGUAUAUCUCAACAUCCGUGUUUUGUGCCAAUGAUUUGGAGACAGGAAACGACGCUUGUGUCGGUGAUUACGGCGGUCCUUUGGUAGCAAGAGGAAAAUUGAUUGGAGUAUUAGCCUGGAUAUAUGAAUGCGGAAAUAUUCAACGACCUGCAGUUUACAGCAAAAUCAGCGCUUACUAUAAUUGGAUUAUGUCGCUUAUAGAAUAAUUAAUAGCCAAUAAAUGAAUCAUGAUGAAAAAAGGACUUUUUUCGACAUUUCUUGAUAUCGAAAUAAUUCAAUCGAAUUUCAAUAAUCCCACAUAAUCGGCCUUCGACUUUGAUGAAAUUUUUUUCCAGUCGUCAUUUGAUAUUUGAUAAGAACACUUGAUUAUGUAAUAAACAAAAAAUUAUUCAAUAAAUCAAAAACUAGCAAGGGGCUUAGAAAUAAAAUUA